AUGACGCACCAGGGCACACUGCACGCCUUCCUGGGCGUGCAUCCAGCCAAGAAGGCAAAGCAUGAAGCACCAAUGAGAUCGUCCCCACCCAGUGAUCCGCAGCAGAAGAAGACUGGGGCCGCAGGUGCCCCCCUUGCGCCACAGGACCCUGCCCUGGACACCCAUGCCCUCCAAUCCUCGCCUGACCAGGACCGCGGCAACAGAGGCACCCCGGAGCUCGCCCAGCUCCUCGCCCCUGCAUGGCGGGACUUGAUGGGCGACCAGCUCAGCGCGUCCUAUUUCCGGGAGUUGGAGGCCUUCCUGGUGGCCGAGUGGGGUGGCAAGACCCCGAUAUUCCCUCCACGAGAUCAGAUCUUCAGGGCUUUGAAUGCCUGCCCCAUCGACAAGGUGCGGGUGGUGGUGCUCGGCCAGGAUCCCUACCAUGGCCCGGGGCAGGCCAUGGGAAUGUCCUUCUCCGUGGCGCCAGGUGUCCCUGUGCCCUCCAGCCUGCGCAACAUCUUCAAGGAGCUCAGGGACGACGUGGGGUGCGCACCUCCCGGGAAUGGGGACCUCAGCAAGUGGGCGGAGCGGGGUGUGCUCCUCCUCAAUGCGGUGCUGACGGUGCGGUCGGGGGCCGCGGCGAGUCACCAGAAGAAAGGGUGGGAGCGGUUCACCGACGCCGUCAUCCGGACGCUGAAUCGGGAGCGUACGGGAGUCGUGUACCUGCUGUGGGGCCGCCAUGCCCAGGCCAAGGGGGCGCUCAUCGAUAGGACCAGCAACCAUGUGCUGACAGCAGCCCACCCCUCCGGCCUGUCUGCAUCUCGGGGGUUCUUUGGCUGCCGCCACUUCUCUGCUGCCAAUGCCUGGCUGGCAAAAGACGGGCAGGAACCCAUUGACUGGCAGCUGUAA